GUUGCCUUAGCAGCGCAGCUUCAUUCCUCCACAGUCCGCUGCUGGGAGCGCCGCGCCGCGCUGCGCCUCACGGGGUUUCCCCUCGCACCACUUCACAAGAAUGAAAACUGUCACACUCCGGUUAGUCUUCACUUAUUCCCGCAUUUAAAAAAAAAAAAAAAAAAACUCAACUUUGGAGGGGGUUUCUCUUCCCAAGUUUUACAACGACCCCCAUCUCCCCCCGUUCUCCGGCUGUUAUGAAGAAAAAGGCGACGGCGACAAGUUGAUUCCCUUUGCGCGGCUCCCGUCUUUAAAGAAGCCCGUGCAGGUGUGACUAAGCCCGCUGCUGCCUACGGAGAGGAUGGCUCUGCCGGCGGUGAACGGGAGUGCGCUGCAGGUGUCGGCGGGCUGCGGGGAGCAGGGGAACCUCAGCGUGGAAGUUACCGAUUAUAACGUGAGCUGCACGAACAACUCCGUCCUCCCCAGACCGACCGCCAGAGCCAGAGAGAUGGACUCGCUGCGUAUCCUCCUCUACUCGCUCAUCUUCCUGAUCAGCGUCUUCGGAAACCUGCUGAUCAUCGUGGUCCUGAUGCUGAACAAGCGCAUGCGGACCGUCACCAACUCCUUCCUGCUGUCGCUGGCGGUCAGCGACCUGAUGAUGGCCAUCUUCUGCAUGCCCUUCACCCUCAUCCCCAACAUCUUGGAGGACUUCAUCUUCGGAGCCUCCAUGUGCAAGACCGUCACCUACUUUAUGGGAAUCUCUGUCAGCAUCUCCACCUUCAGCCUUGUGGCCAUUGCCAUCGAGCGAUACAGCGCCAUCUGUAACCCGCUGAAGUCUCGUGCGUGGCAGACCCGAUCCCACGCUUACCGCGUCAUCGCCGCCACGUGGGUGGUGUCGCUGCUCAUCAUGGUGCCAUACCCGGUGUUCAGCGUCCUGAGGUCUUUCUCUAAGACCAACAGUACCGUCGGCCACAUGUGUCGCCUGGACUGGCCCAGCGAUCAAGCCGAACAGACCUGGUACGUGCUGCUGCUGUUCACUCUGUUCUUCGUCCCCGGAGUGGUGAUGAUUAUAGCCUACGGUCUGAUCUCCAGAGAGCUCUACCGAGGCAUCCAGUUUGAGCUGAGCCAGAACGCGGAGACCACCGGACAAAAGAACGGCGUGAGCAGGGCUGUGACGGGGUCCAAUGAUGACGACGAUGGCUGCUACAUCCAGGUCGCUAAAAAACCCGCCUCUGCUGUCGAGCUCCCCACCCUAUCUGCCUCAUCUGCCGUCGCCACCCAGGCCAAACCUGAGCGCGCCCGCAGCAACACCUCGAAGGCCAAGCUGCAGGCCAAGAGGCGAGUCAUCCGCAUGCUGAUGGUGAUCGUAGCGCUCUUCUUCAUCUGCUGGAUGCCGCUGUACUCGGCCAACACCUGGAAAGCCUUUGACCUGAAGUCAGCCUCCAAAGCCCUCUCAGGAGCCCCCAUCUCCUUCAUCCACCUGCUGUCCUACACCUCCGCCUGCGUCAACCCCAUCAUUUACUGCUUCAUGAACACGCGCUUCCGCAAGGCCCUGCUGUCCACCUUCGCCUGCUGCUGCCGCAAUCGGCUCUGCCGCCAGUGCUGGUGGUGCAGGAAGAGGGAGGGAGGAGAAGACGGCAUCACCGGCACCUCCAUGGCCACGUCGAUGGCCACCUCCAUGUCCAAGUUCAGCUACACCACCGUCAGCACCACGGGCACCUGCUGAGCCUGGAGGAGUGCUGGGUGGUCACAUCGGGCAGCGGCCACUGUGUGCACCAUCUGUUUUUUCAAUCCUGUUUUUCACUCUUAAUCGUAACAUGCAUUGAGUCAUGCGCUGAGUAAUACCCCUGCCCUGGUUUCUGAGGUCUUUUUAAAAGGUCUUGUUCAAGUUCCAUGUGAAUGGUUGCAGAAUGUGAGGCUCGGGAAAAACGCAGUUUCAGUUUGGUGACGUUCCUUUUCUUCUGUUUAAGUGGCAGCAUCUGCUUUGUCGCAUUGUGAAGAGAACAUCAAGUGCCUGUGCUCUUUGUGUGGCUUCGUCAUGGCAGAUUGUCGACGGACGUUUUAGUGGAAAACUUCUCCUGUGUAUGUGUAAAUAAUGUCCGUACGUUCUGACUGUGCCAAAGGUGAAGACAUACUGCUCAACAGUGACGACUCAGUAUGGAUUUCAGCUCCCUUUGUGUUUUAAUGUUGCUUAACCUUCAUUCAUGUAGGGCAGUGGUUCUCAACCUGGGGGUCGGGAGAUUAUUUUCAGGGAUCACAAGACGGUUUUCAAAAAUAAAUAAAUAAAUAAAUAAAGGAAUUCAUAAGUAUUUGUAUGCCUCUGCGCCGGUGACAAUCAGAGCCGGAGGCAUAUUGUUUUUGGGUUGUCCGUCCGUCCGUCUCAUUCUCGUGGACACGAUGUCUCAAUAACAUCUUAACGUAACUUCUUCAAACUUGGUAAAAACAUUCACCUGGACUCAAGGACGAACUGAUUAGAUUUUGCCGGUCGAAGGUCAAAGGUCAAGGUCACAGUGACCUGACAAAAACCCUUUUUAGCGAUUACUCAAGAAUUCACGGAGCAAUUAUGUAAUCGCAAAUAUCUUAUAUGACUCUGGAUAAACAGGGAUGGAACCUGGAACUAGUUUGAGUGGCGGAAGGAUACAACUAUGAGGCGGUGAUUGUAUUUUGAGAAUGAUUUUUCCACUGAAUCUCUCACACCAAUGUUAUAAAGUAGUCAUUAUAAGUGGCAGGUGCUAAAUAUGAUGCGAUGGCUUCACGAAAAAAAGUCUGCCAGUUCAAGAUGCGGUGCAAGAAGAGAUGGGUGAAGCUGGGCCAACUGAGAGUAACGUUACACUGUCAAGCUCAACUGAAAAACGUAAACCCAAACUUAAAUCUAUGGGGGGGGGGGGUCGUGCUCAAAAAGGUUGAGAACCACUGAUUUAGGGGAUCUCUCACUCUCUCAGCUAUCAGAAUUAUAUUAUUGAAGGCUACACCAGGUAACUGUGGACAUUUGGCAUUUCUGAAAUAGCAAAGAAAAGCUUCUUGUUUACAUGUGAGUAGUGUUUUGCUCUUACUGUGUUAUGUUUCAUCUCCUCUUAUGUGUAAAGACGAUUUUCUGCAACUAUACAAAAAAAGAAACUGAUUCAUUCAGGUGAUUCUGUUUGCUCCUUCGUUUGCAGAACCACUUUGUGAUUGAGGAUGAUAAGGCAGGUGCAUCUUUGCGGGAGCAUUUUAAAGAUAAACAAGAAUCUAGCCUUAUCUCCUGGUGUGCAUUAAUAAUGCAAUUUUCUUGUGUUGAUCCACACCGUGUUAUAACAAACUUCAGUCUCCGAUCAGCGCUGCUACAAAUGUAUGUUGGAUACUGAUGCAGACAUCAACUUUAGGAUGUGAAUUAGCAGAAAAAGUGCACACAGUUGCUCCAUGAAAGGCUGAUCACACUUGUUGUUGCUCCAGUCUGCCCCCGCUACCCUGGCACAAGAAAAGUGCUUUAGUCAAACACACCUUCUCUGCUCAAUUAUCUCUGUGGCUCUGUGGUGUCUUUUAUGUGCUCUCCCCCUGCCCUCCGCCGCAGUGCUGCCAAUUACUCUAAGCGUUACCUAAGUACAAAGCCCCCGUUUCCAGGCUCAGACUAACGAGGUGUUUCUCAGGGACCCUCUCCUGCAGUGUAAACCUCACGACUUUGCCUUUGUGAGCCAGAUAACAAACAUUACCCGCUCACUCGCUCCAUCCGAGCCCUUCAGUUCUUUGAAAAAUAAUAAUAACAACAAACUUGAUUUAUAAAGAACCUUUACGCAGAGCAUGUAGCUCAAAGUGCGCUACGAGAAGAGGCAGACAGAAAAGAAAAUGGUUGGUACAUAACUAACGUGACAUUAAAACUAGUAGUAAAAUAUUAAAUUGGAAUAAGAAUAAAAGCAGCAAUUUUAAUGAAAUCUGAAACUUUAAAGGAAUAUUUUGGGAGUUCCCUUUCAUGGCGGUUGAGCGAGAGCCAGGAGAGAGUUAGUCUACUUAGCAUGAAGGCUGUUAGAACAUUUGUUAGAUCAAAUGGAGCAUACGUUCACUUGCAGCUCGUUCGGAUUCAUUUAUGUGGAAACUUUCUUUGUUAGGUUGUGGUGUCAAAUACUUGACAGCCAGGCUGGACUUUAAAAGAAGAAGACUGCGGCCUCUCCGACUAUAUAGGACAUGCUAAGUUAUGGAGACUUGGAGCAAAACAGCAUCUAUUCAUAAUCUCCUAUAGCUUUCCAGAACAGUUCAUGGGAAAAACUUGCUGUCUAACCGAGUUAGCUCAUUGUUUAGCAUUUCUGCUAUAGAGAGUGAUGUUAGCAUUAGCUCUAAGAAUGCUACCCAGAUUUAAACAAACUUUCCCUUUAAAAGUCACUUUUAAUUGCACACAUACAGAUGAAGUAUGCGUACAAUCUUUUGUAAUUGCCAUUUAUUGAUAUUAUAUUGAUAACAGGAAAUAACCAUCAUUAAAUUCCCAUGGAAAUUAUAUAUGAUGUAUUUCAUAAAUUCAGCUAUUAUACAAAUUUUAACAGUUUUCCUCUGCAGCACAAAAAAAACUGGAUGUGUGUUAAGCAGUGUUUUCGUCUUCCAUAUUGUGCACGCUGACAGUGUUGGCAUCUAUCACUUUAAAGUUUCUCACGUCCUCCCAUCGCCCAGCACCACUCACUCCCUGCAGCACACCCCCGCCCACCCACCCUUUUAUCCUCGUCUCCUUGUCGGUGCAGAGGCGUAUGAAUACAUGAAUGACAAUAGUGUGUGGGUGACAGCGGAGAUUUGCAGGCGCAAAGCAGCGUCCGAGAAGCGGGUGGUAGAGGUGGCGGCGAGUUCGGCUUGCAGACAGGCAAUUGGCACGGAAAAAAUCCCCAGCAGAGCUUCCUCUGUAAACACUUUGUCUGGCAGGUUCCAAUCUGUGACCUCUUUUGUGAUUAAAGAAGGAGAAAAUGAGUGAUUUCUAUGCCAGUGUGUGGUGCACUGGAGAAGCUGUCAAUUAAUUUAGGAUCUAUUUGAUUGUCUGUCCAGCCUUUCUUUCUCCCAUUUAAUUUUAUUUCCUCUAAGUUUUAUGGAUACAUUAUGAAAUUGGAGCCUAUAGUUUAAUGAAAUGCACAUAGUUAAAUAUGAUAGAUGAUCCUCUUAAUCCAAAUUUGUUAUUGUUUUUCAUUCCAUUUAUUCACAAAGUAAAUUUCAGUCUCUGCUCAUGUGCAUUAUGAAUGAAUGGUGCAAAAACUUCUGGGCGGGCUUGCUCGCUUAGUUAUGGUGAAAGCCUCCCCGAGAAACUGAGAUUUGCUCUAUAAAAUGUUCUGCUUUUGUUGUAUUUUAUAACUGUUUAGCUAUUCACCUCAGCGGGCCGGCAGAUUUAGAUAUGCAUUAUUAAAAUGAGCAAACCACCCAGUCUCAAAGCUGCUACUUUAUUAGACAGUCAAAAUUGUUUUUCCUCAGAACACUAGAAAUUAAUACAGAAAGUUCUCAUUUCAUUAAAAUGUUGUCCUGUUAGUCUUUGACAUUUAACACUGACACAACUGAAAUGUGAAUAAACUAAGAGGCAGGUAUUGAUUUAAAAUAACUGUUUGACAUUUUAGGAAAUCUGCUGCAGAAACUUAGGUCUGUAUGCUAAAUAUAAAGCUACAGCUAGCAGGUUAGCUAGCGUAGGAGAAAGGCUGGGGCAAAUGGCUAGCUUGGCUCUGUCCUUAAGUUCACAAGUUAACACAUGAUAACUUGAUUGUUUUAUCUGAAGUGUAAAAAUAUCAAUUGUGACUUUGUGCAGAUUUUAAAUAAACAGUCUAACAGUCAGGCUAGCCGUUUCCUUCUGCUUCUGAUCAAAGUAAGCUAACCAGUCACUGGCUAUAGCUUUAUACGAAGCUAUCUGCUAGCUCCUGCUAAAUAAAAGUCGAUGACAUCACAGCUCCCCAAACGUGAAGCUGAAACAACUUGAUAAUUUUAAUUAGUUAUUUGAUGCUAUAAAACAAGUGUAACGUCAUGAUUGACAGCUGUGAUUAACUCAUGAUUGGGUCGGGCGGGUGAAUGGGCGGGACCAGCUCCACUGUGUUACCAGCACAAGGUGGCAACGCUUGUAUCUGGGAAAUUAUGGCUUCAUUUCUUUACCGUGGGAGGAAGUGAAGAAGCAUCGUGCAUCUUUAUAAACUUUCAUUGUAGGCUACUGAAAGAAUUGAGUUCUACCAUUACACAGGAAGUUUAAAGACUCCUAAAAUGCUUUUCCAGAGGUGAGCAAUCUAACUCUGACCCUGUCCCCAGAACAAUACCUGAUGCAAAUUGAAACCAAAAUGAGACAGAGGCAGGGAACCGUGCACACAGUUGGUUUCUCUCUUAUCUCUACGUCCCUAAACAAGAAACCCAUUAGGUGCUCGAGGCAGCUCGCAUGGAGGAAGGUAAAAAAAAAACAAAAAAAAACUGUGAACCUCUUUUGCCUCUUUAGCUCCGUACACAACAUGUGGAGCAGAUUUUGAUCAUCUCGAGACACAAAAGAAGAGACAGCACAAAAUAUAAAUUGCAGUGUCAUCUUUCAUAAAUGUCACUUUUCUGGCAGGGAAACACUAACCUCCUGUGAUGAUUAAUUUGUGCUUGCUUAAAAAAAAAAAAACGACAUGUAAACAAACAGUUUUGACAAAUAAUCUGCUCUUUAAGAUUCUCAUUUCUAUCUGCAUGUUUUCUUGUUAAGUGAAGGAUAACUGUCUGCUCACCUUGAAUUUACAAAAUCUGUUUAAGAAAGCUGCUUUUCUCAGUUCCUGAAAAGUUGGCUGCUGAGAGUUACAAGCGUUUCAGCCAGCAGCAGUGACAAAGCUCUCAUAAGUAAAUUAGAAAAAGUUAUUUCUCAAUUAUUUAUAAUGGCUUCCUGGAGGAUGACUGCGAGUGAAAUGUGCCUCUGCUGGAUUUUUUUUUUAUUUUGUUUUAUUUCUUUGCAGAAUAAUUCAUAAUUGCAGAGAGAGAUUCUUUUUUUUCCCCCUUCGUAUUUUCACCUCAGGCACCGAAUGAAAUAUUUUGUUUUGGCCUACAGGUUCUGCACCUGAGUAGAAACACAGUUUAUGUGAGCUCCUCUCAUCUGUUGCUUUUCAUUUCCACUUUUCUUUCUCAGCUUUCAAGGUCCCUCGUCCUUCUCAGAGGUUGAGAGUAGACAAGAGUUGUUCUUUUCAAGACACUUGUGAACACCUUCUGAGAGAGUAUGUCGAGUGUUAAUGUGUGUAAAGUUAGAGAAAAAAAACAAAAACCCCAGUAAGUAAACAAACGGAGAAAUGCUGAGGUGAAGAGCAGGCGCAGAGAUGAGGUGAUGAAACCACAUAUUUAGCUCUUAUUAGCAUUGGAAAUCCUUCUCUGGUGGUGAAGCUGUCCGUGUUUGUGCGUCUACAUGCGAUAAAUGUUUACCAAAGCCGUCUCCAGGUCUGCUGAUUUUUGACAUUUUUAAAUUAAUUUUGCCACAUCUGGUGCCUGCUUGUUCUAAAUUGUAAUAAUAUAAAUGUGUAAUUGUCUGUUUGUUGAACCAGGAGGUUUUAAAUGUGAGGUUAUUGAUGUUUGUGAUGUUUUGCUUUCACUGUUCCUCCUAUAUGAUAUAAUUAUUACGAUGGGCUCUUGUUAUUCAUGGUUUGGUUCAUGGUUACUGGCUAUAAGUGCAGUGUUUUUCAUGCCAAAUGUACAUUAUUUAACAGAAAAAUAAAUAUUGGAUAAAACAUGA